AACACGAUUCAUUUUCGCCACACCCAAGAUCUGAAAAAAAAUCUCCAACUCUCUCACUUUGCUCUCUUCUUGUUCCUGUCCUCUUUCACCAAACUAUCGCCGACAACCUCUCCAAAAGAAUGGCAUAUGAAGGGAUUCUGUUGGGGAUGGGUAAUCCUCUCCUUGACAUUUCGUUAGUCGUGGACGAAGAGUUCUUGAAAAAAUAUGAUAUCAAGUUGAACAAUGCAAUUUUAGCUGAGGAGAAACACCUUCCCAUGUAUCAAGAAAUGGCAUCCAAGCCCAAUGUAGAGUAUAUUGCUGGAGGUGCUACUCAAAAUUCAAUCAAAGUUGCACAGUGGAUGCUUCAAAUUCCUGGUGCAACUGAUUACAUUGGCUGCAUUGGGAAGGACAAGUUUGGGGAGGAAAUGAAGAAGAACUCAAAAGCUGCUGGUGUUAAUGUUCAAUAUCUUGAGGAUGAAACUGCACCAACAGGAACCUGUGCUGUUUGUGUUGUUGGUGGUGAAAGGUCACUCAUUGCAAAUCUAUCUGCUGCUAACUGCUACAAGUCUGAGCAUUUGAAGAAGCCUGAGAAUUGGGCGUUGGUUGAGAAGGCCAAGUACUUCUAUAUUGCUGGAUUUUUCCUUACUGUAUCUCCGGAAUCCAUACAGCUUGUUGCUGAACACGCUGCUGCAAAGAACAAGGUGUUCUCAAUGAAUCUUUCUGCUCCAUUUAUUUGCGAGUUCUUCAAGGAUGCACAAGAGAAAGCACUACCGUAUAUGGACUUUGUCUUUGGCAACGAAACUGAAGCAAGAACCUUCUCAAAGGUUCAUGGCUGGGAGACUGAUGAUGUUGCAGAGAUAGCCCUGAAGAUUUCACAGUGGCCGAAAGCUUCUGGAACAUACAAGAGGACUACUGUUAUUACUCAGGGUGCAGAUCCAGUAAUUGUUGCCGAGGAUGGGAAAGUGAAGCAAUUCCCUGUUAUUUUGUUACCCAAGGAAAAGCUUGUUGAUACAAAUGGUGCAGGUGAUGCCUUUGUUGGAGGCUUUCUUUCACAAUUGGUUCAAGGGAAGUCCAUUGAGGAUUGCGUAAGAGCUGGUUGCUAUGCAUCCAACGUUAUCAUCCAAAGGUCUGGCUGCACAUACCCAGAAAAGCCUGAAUUUAAAUAAAGCUAGUCCACUUUCCUGAUCUCCUCUCCACUGUUGUUUUCAAGUUUCUGAUUGUUAAGAACCCUCUUGCUAGCAUUUGAUCUUUGAAUUUUGUUUUUAUUUUUCCUAUUUGCUGGUGUCAUUUCGAUGCCUGCAUCUUGAAAUGGCAUAUGAGAUUAACAUUUUAUGUUUAUUCAUGAAAGGAGCCAAUCGUUUCAUUUCGUAA